AGAAGUCUCCACGCUGAAACAAUUGAUGUUAACCUUGGUUCGUUCCUUUUGCUGUUCUUAGAAGUUUCUUAGGUUCUCUUCGUCUUAGUAUUGAUUUGAUGCUGCUUGGUUCCUGUCGCUACACCUUGGAGACACAGAUAGAAGAUAAUGCGGUUGUAGUAAUGACUCAGUCGUCUCAUUGUAAUUUUGAUGUAAGGUGAUUCGUCUGUCUUUUUCUUUAUGCCGCAGCAGAGUUCUUUCUUGCGCCGAAAUUCAUCUCACAAGACACGUACGUUCUCUCGUCAACAAAGCAGGAGGCGGCGACUACCUAGACGAGGAGGGGCGCAGCGUCGUCUGACUCUUAAUACUACAUUGUUCAAUUAUUGUGUAGUAGAGAAUUUAUCACAGCUGAAUUAGAAGUAAUUAACUGUCGUCAAAUAAAUUAGUGCUGCUUGAAUAUUACGAAGAUUGUCUGAGUCCAUUAGGCUCCCCUCAAUUUCUGCAAGCAUUUGAUUUUUCAAAGUCCCCACAACGAUUUGUCUGUGAAAAAAGAAACGACACCACGACGCAACGACCAUAUCUUGACGACCAUAUCUUGAUAUAGGAACCAUCUACAUAGUCCCUCUUAAUAUACUCACAUAGUUGUUAAUUCAAAUUCACCUCCUCAUCUACCUACCACUUUCGCUAGGAGAAGACACGAGGUCCCACAUAGUUGUAUCAAAAAUAUGGCGACUGCUGAUAGCGUAGGUAACCCGUUGCUUCCUGUGCGGGACUCCUCUGAGUCUUUGGUGGAGUCCGGCCUAGCCUCAAAGCAAGCAGGAAAUGACUGCUUUAAAGCGGGAGAGUUCCGACAGGCAAUAACUGAAUAUUCAGCGGCCAUUGACAAUUUUGAAGAUGUACAGGAGUGCAAGAGUUUAUUUGUGGGAGACGCACCUGCAUGCUCCAGCACCUCACCACAAGCGACAGGAGCGGCACCACAAGCGACAGGAGGGAAGUUAAGCAGCCAAUUUCUUCUUGUGAUUCAUUUCUAUUUUUAGCUUCGUGGAACCAACUUCGAAGAGUCGGCAUUUCCAUAGAUUGCAUCGAUGGCAGUACUUGAGACUAUAGGAUACUCGCUGAAAAUCUGAGCUCGUAAAAAUCACAUAAAAAACAUUCCCGCACUGCUUGUUUAUAUGAUCCUCAUCGUGUUCAUCCUAAUCCUACAAACAUUCAUUUCUAAUUCCCGCUGGCAUAAGCGUCAUCGGUAGCAGCGAUGGCGAGGUCUCGCCAUCUACUGCAGCAUCCUCGGAUGCCGAAAUGACAACGGCAUUAGAUCCCAGCACAGCGGCCGAAGGCAGCGACAUGGAAGAUAUAGUAAGAGAAGAUGCCGAAGACGCAAGAAGAGGGGCACCUAAUGGGAGUUCACAAGAGAAUGCUAGUAAUGGUAGUCAUCAGACCAAUGGAACAACAUCAACGGCCAGCGAUCAACCAAUGACGGACCAGACCUCUAAUGGUCACCAAUCAUCACAAAACGACUCUCAGUCAUCAGAAGGUGGCAUACAUGCACCACCGGAUUGUGAGAUGAUGAAAAAAGUAGCCAGAGACCUUGCAAUUUGCUACUCCAAUAGAGCUUUUUGUCAUAUAAAACUCGAGAACUUCGGAUCCGCUAUUAUGGACGCGGAGAGGGCGUGCGAGGUAGAAUCAGAUUUAUUAUACUGAUUUACGAUUUGAAUACAUCACAUAUGGUUGUUGUAGAAGUCGUGAUAAUUUGCUACAAGGACAGGGCGUCCUAUGGUUGUGUUCAAUUGAAAGUCUUACCCUUACUUGACUUUUCGAAUUUUGUAUGUAUUCCUGUUCCAUCGAACAAGAAAAGACAAUUCUAUCUACGCCUUUCUCCACCUCCUCAUUCUCCCCGAAAGUAUCUACUUCUUUCUCCACCUCAUUCUCCCCGAACGGACAGGUCGACCCAACCUAUUCCAAGUCCUACUAUCGUCUCGGCUCUGCACGAUACGCCUUACUGAAGUACAAGGACGCCUUAAAAGCAUUCAAGCAACUCACCAAAUUAGCCCCACAAGACAAGGAUGCUAGAGCGAAAUUGAAGGAGUGCGAAAAAGCCGUACAGCAACAGAAAUUCGCAGCCGCCAUAGCUAGUGACAUCACAGCACCAGUAAGCGAGACAUGUGCCAAAGCGGUGGAAGGUACUUUCACUUUUUUGAGACCUGUGCACAUAAAGGUUUGUGUGGAAGGUAGCAACUCCUGUGCGACUGUAAUUUAAUUCAAAUUCUAAAUGUAGUUGUACUCCGAUUUAACUUUCCUCCUUGUUCAUCUAGGUAUAGCUCUCGUCGAUGUCCUUCCCGACUCACUCCCAAUUCAGGUAUGACGAUCGACGACAGCUAUAAAGGACCAGUCUAUCCGGGUCCUGAGAACCUCACUCCUGAGUGGAUCAAGGAGUUCCUCAAGUACAUGGAAGACGAAAAAGUUAUCCAUAUCAAAUGCGCCUAUCAAAUUGUUCUCGACACACUGAAGAUGCUAAAAACCGGUUGCAAGACCGUGCAGUACAUUGACUUUCCGGAAGGAAGUGAAUUCACCACCUGUGGCGACGUGCACGGGCAAUAUUACGACUUGUUGAAUAUUUGGAACUUAAACGGCCUGCCAAGUAAGGAGAACCCUUAUCUUUUUAACGGCGAUUUCGUGGACCGAGGCUCUUUCUCGGUGGAAGUGAUUUUGGCACUCUUUGUCUGGAAAUUGUGCUUUCCGGAUCACGUACUGAAGAUUCGCUUUAAUACAUUUACCAGCUCCAACUCAUAAUAAUUUCUGUGGUUUGUAGUCUCUUAUUGUUUUACACCAAUGGUCCUUAUAUAUAAAUAUCUAAUUAUAGGGUCGUAUCAGAUGCUUUUAAUUUUUGACUCUCGAUGAAGAUUGAGUUCUACUCGCACAAUCAUCUCCAAGAACCAUUCUAAUCCACUUCAGGUCCAUCUGGCACGUGGUAAUCACGAAACGAGGAACAUGAAUAAGCUCUAUGGCUUCGAAGGUGAAACACGGAACAAGUUCGACGUGCAAUUGUACUUUUUUUUCCGCUUUCCUUUUCUGUAGGCUAGCACUCUCUCAUUCGUGUCUUCGAGGGAGGCUACAUACCCAUUUCGCCACGCCGACGCACAUAGCGUUCUGGCUCAAGCGAGACCCCUUGAAAUUGAAAAAUUGUAUGAUUGAUGCACACUGACAUGCUUGACAUUUGCUCUUCCCGCUCUCUCAGUACCUUCAUCCGUCCCAGCAUAGACACAAUUCUUCUCAGGUACAACCUCUUCUGCGAAGUCUUUUGCUACCUCCCGCUUUGUCACGUCUUCAAUAAGGAGGUUUUUAUCGUCCAUGGUGGCCUCUUUUCCCAAGAUAACGUCACUCUAGCUGAUUUGGAAAAGGAGGAUAGGUACAAAUUUUUUUGUGUUACGAAAUUUGUUCUUGUUUUUCUUCGCCUCCGUGUAGUUCAAUUCGUUCUUGUCGUGUAUCUAGUUGUCCAUUGUCCACUUCAAAGCAAAGAUGAUAUCCUACGCAGACGAAGUAGAUCUUAAACUGUAAGAACUUGACCUCUAUUAUCUUCCAAAACGGCACAGAAUCGGCGAGCCUCCAGACAGUGGUCGCAUAGUAGAGAUGCUGUGGUCAGAUCCAGGCUCAACUUUAGGGAGGAUGCCCUCAAAACGAGGUGUCGGCGUUGCAUUUGGACCGGAUGUGACCGAGAAUUUCUUGAAAACUAAUGAUUUGACAAUGGUCGUCCGAAGUCACGAAAUGAAGGAUGAAGGGUACUGUUUUCCACUGUUGUAGUGCUUCUACUCGUCGUUGUUCUAGGUGUAGGAACCUAGCAGGUGGUUUCGGUCUUUGUGGGCAGGAGCAUCAUUGAGUGGAAAAUUCAGAGCAAUCUUCUAUCUUUUCUGAGAUUUCUCCCAUGCCAUGUAACUAAGUAAGUCUCCUCCUCUCCUUCAUCCUUAUAAUCAUGACAUGAUUUUGUGGAAGGCGAUUUUCAUCCCGCAUCACAUUCCACUACCUUUACAGGUACGAACUAGAGCACAAGGGUCGCUUGUGCACGAUUUUUUCUGCGCCAAAUUAUUGCGACCAAAUGCGGAAUAAGGGAGCCCUUUUGAGGUGGAAAUGCAGCAAAGAUCCAGAAUGGAUCAAAGGCGAAAAAGAGGACGUCAUAGAGAGCAACCGGCAUCUCAGAAAAUUGAGUUACCAAGUAAAAAGUUUUGCCGACGUGCCCCACCCGCAAGUAAGAGCCAUGCGGUUUGCAAAUCCAAUGCUGGGGAGUCUGAUGGGGAUGUAA